AGGGAGGGCGGCCGGGCGGGCAGCGGCCCCGGCCCGCGUGUGAGCUCCUCGCGCCCCUCGCUCGCCCGCGGCCCCCGGCCCCGGCGCGCUCACAGCCAUGGUGGGCCGGCUGAGCCUGCAGGAUGUGCCCGAGCUCGUGGACACGAAAAAGAAGGGCGACGGCGUCCUGGACAGUCCGGACUCGGGGCUGCCCCCCAGCCCCAGCCCCAGCCACUGGGGGCUCGCGGCGGCCGGGGGCGGUGGCAGCGGCGGGGAGCGCGCGCCGGCACCCGGGACGCUGGAGCCCGACGCGGUGGCGACCCCAGCAGCCCCGAAUCCAGCAUCUCUCCCCAGCCCCCUGGCCUUCGCCUGCUCGCCAAGGCUCUGCCCCCUGUCCUUUGGCGAAGGAGUGGAGUUUGACCCCUUACCACCGACAGAAGUAAGGUACACUUCUUCGGUCAAGUACGACUCAGAGAGGCACUUCAUUGACGAUGUCCACCUGCCCCUGGGCCUGGCAGUGACCUCCUGCAGCCAGACAGUCACCUGCAUCCCCAACUGCACGUGGCGCAACUAUAAGGCCGAGGUGCGCUUCGAACCCCGCCACAAGCCCACCCGCUUCCUCAGCACCACCAUCGUCUACCCCAAGUACCCCAAGACCGUCUACACCACCACUCUGGAUUACAACUGCCGCAAGACACUGAGGAGGUUCCUGUCCAGCGUGGAGCUCGAGGCCACAGAGCUCCUGGGCAGUGAUUGCCUCUCGGACGAGUGCUGACUCAAGCCUGGGUGGGGUUGGACCAGCUCCUCCCUUGCCCUCGAGUGUGGCUCGUGGCUCGUGCCCCAGAGGAGUCUGACCUAGAGACACCUCUAAGCCCAGCCCGGGGAAGGAAAAAAAUGUCACGGCAUCGUAAUAGAACCAUUGAGAGAAUUUGGUUUAUACAAAUGGUCAAAUUGUUUUCAAAAGGAGUAUAUUGUUAGUUUGCUGCUGCCUGGUUUCCCCAAAGUCUCAAUCUGAUGAGAAAACAGGAAGCCAACUGAAGCAAAAGGAAAACGGCCCCAGUUUGAAAUAGGGAGGGAGGAGCGAGCUCUUCUUCUAUUGGUCAGCUGGCCUGAGGAAGACCGUGGAGAAAGUUUCUGGGACGGAAAAAGUGAGUUUGGAGACAUUUCAGCCUGAGGUGUCUUCCCUGAAAGCGGUGCUAAUUCAGUGAGCUGUGACAUCCAUAUGGGUUCAAUCUGUGGAGAGCCGAGCUUCAUGCCAUAUUUUUUUUCCAUUUCCAUUUGUAUUUCCUGUUCACCAAAACUCUCGGAAUUCUCGAAAUCUUUUUCAUGAUAUCAAAAAACCCCAAACCACAAUAUAAGUUGCCUUGAAAGAAAGAAAGAAAGAAAGAAAGAAAGAAAGAAAGAAAGAAAGAAAGAAAGAAAGAAAGUUUGUUUCACCCUGCUCUCACCUCUUCAGGAGAGUCAGGUCAAACUGGCCAAUUUGAGAGCAACGGCUUUGUUCUUAUUCCUUCCACCCAUUAGUUCCAAGCUUGGGCUCUGGCAAAGCGCCUUGAACCCUUGGCAUCUGGUAAUGUGUCCACAGGCUUGUGUAACUCUCCUGAUAUGUAUUUUGGGGUUUCCAAAUACUUUCCUAUUUUUUCAUAAGGCAAAACAUAGCAGAGGGCCCUUUUGAGAGAAACAGCAUUUUUAAAGAAUGCUUAGGGAAACUACUUUUGGGGAUUCCACGAGGGAGUUUUGCUCACGGUGGGAAUGGACGGCCACACCUAGGACUUGUCGCUGUCUGGGAGGGGACAGAGGUAGAUGUUUCUGGUAAUCUGUUUCAUCAGGAUGGUUGUCCUCUCUCCAGGGAUCCUGGGUCAACUGCUUUUCAGACUUUGACUGACGGCGUCCACACUGCAGAGAAUUCCACCAGUGCCUUAGGUCUAAGCCCAAAAGCGAGAAAAUCACUCCAACCCCCUCCGGGUGACGGAAGGGUGACUUCAGGAUAGGGGGUUAAUGUCACAAGUCAAACUCCAAAACCCAGGCACUGUCACGAUGGUACAUAUUUCUCGAAAGUGCUUAUUUUAGUGUAAGUGACAAUCAGGGCAUUAGGUGCGGACGGAAGACACUUCAUGAAUUCGGCUGAACUGGCCUCAGAAGCAGAAAUGGCCGAUGGGCCGGAGGGUGCGGUGGGCCAGGCUGUCUCUGGCUUCUGCUCCCUGCCCACCCUGCCUCCUCCCUGCCCCAGCGUGUACUUCUUCCUGCCUCUCCCUGAGGUUUUUGAGUGAAGAAGGUGGCAGAUGGCUUUUGAUCUUCCACUAUUGGAAAGAACAUUCCACGGAUAUUUCCUUUGAAUACAACCACGUUCUCUCAUGUGCUCGAGGGUUAUAGGGUAUCGUAAAUCCGGAUUCCCGCUGUAUCUUUGGGUUUCUGUCGAUGGUUUCUGUGUGUCCUGAGAGCGAAAUUGACAACUCUGUAAGUACCCUGGAGCCACAGCAGGGACCUUUGUUCUGAGGAGAGCAGGUGUGCUGAUAAUCACUCUCCUUUAACGUUAUCGGAAGCCCCUCGAGACAAUCUGUCCGGUGUCCUCUUCAGCUUUAACAAUGUUUAGUCUGUCGUGCCCCUGUUUGGACGCAUCUCUCGGUGGAACCCGUGGUCGGGUCCAUGGUCCUGAGUGUGCCGUAGCGAAGUUGAGCCGGAACCCGUAAAGGGGCCCCCUGGGAUUCCACACCCCGCUCCGUCAUGCAGAGUAACAAGUACUGUCUGCUUCUGGAAAAUUACCUGGCAUUUCUUGACAAACACGAAUUUUCCUCUCUGAUUUCAUAAUCUUAUCAUUGAAGACAAGUGGUAAAUGUAAUUUUUAAGUUAUGUUAAGAGAAUUCCCAAGGCUUUGCUCUGGCCCAGUGGGGACACUUGAAUGAACUCAGAACAGUACUGUGGACAGCAUGGCAGGAGAGACAUGUGGGAGAACAUAGCCUUUGAACACAGCCGCGCUUUGAGAUGUCCAUACGAGACUUGUUUGUUUUGGGGGUUGGGUUAAGUUCAGGAAAAUCAUUCUAGGUGUGGAGAGAAUCUGAAAUGUAUCAGUAAAGUAAGUAGAAGGGAUCGAUUGUGAAUGUGUAAUACAAAUGGAAAAGCAGGUUUUAAGUUAUUCACUAGGGAACCAACUGUAGAUCUUUCUCACCUUCUCUUUUUCUUCAUACCUGCUUUCUGCAAGUUGCAAGAAAGGAAGCAUAUGAAGAUGUGAUGGGACACUUUGGUGAAUCAAUGACGUUGAUCUUUGGUGGAUUUGUGUUAGUUUACAAGGUGGAAGCAAUGAUUUCUAAAACUUGCUCAUUAAAACCAAACAUUCCUAAGCAUAUCUGAGAGAUACAGUUUACUUAUUAAGUAAAAAGUCUUUGGGGCACCUGGCUCGCUCAGUAGGAAGAGCACGCGACUCUUGAUCUCAGGGUCGUGAAUUUGAGCCCCACGUUGGGCGUGGAGCCUACUUAAAAAAAAAAAAAAAGUCUUUUUUCUCAGUCUCUUAACUUAUAGCUUUCAUGUAAUAAAGCGGAUUUGUAUUUUCGGACAAAAGUUGUUUUCUUUUCAAAUUCAGACCUGUUAAAAAGAACGAUUACCUUUUCAUUCAACUCUUUUCCUGUUUCUAACCUUAGGAGAUCCAGAAGAGCAUUUGACAAAAACUACUUUUUCAAUUUAUCUUGACAUCUGUCCCAUUCCAUUUUGCUUUGUGACUUCUUCAUUUAACAAUAAAUUAUCUUUAAAGAAACAAAA